AUGCCGGUCAAGGUCAUCUACCGCAGACCUUCGAAGGUGCGCCGGCUUCUUCUCCGCGUCCGAGUGUCAUCCCUGACCCUCCGCCUCGCGGACGCGGCCCGCCUCAAGAAGGUCGGGACCGGUGCCGAGGUUCUGGGCAGCACGAUGCCGUGGGGACUCGACCCGCCGCGGGGCCACCCCAUCCUGGCGCUUCGCCUCGACGGUGCCAUGCUCGCGAUGGUCGUGCGAGAGGGGAGGAUGACCGAGGGGGCCAUCACGCUGACGGUGGCGUCGAUCCGGGCGGAGGGUUCGGACGCGGGCGUCGACAAGGCCAGGGGCGUCAUGCUGCCGAUCCUGGCCGUCUCGCCCGGCAGGCCGCCCGCCCGACGCGGUAGCAAGAGCAGCGACGACGGCCACCGCCGUACCGGAGGAGGUGGCGAAGGCGAGGCACGCGCGAACACGGCUGACGACAGCUUCGCCGCCGACAUCGGAGAAGCGUCUUCUUCGGUUGCCGGCGGAGGAGGCGGAGGCCCCUCGUCUCCGCAGCCGAUUCCGCCGGGGGCCCCGCAGCAGCAGCAGCAGCCUUCGGCGUCACCCGCCAGGGGGCUGGAGAUCUCGGCCAAGUGGACCCUGGAGCCCCUGCACGGCGGAGGAGGAGGAGGCGGCGGCGGGAGCCACGCCCCUGCCCGGCGGCGGAGCCGCCGCGGCAGCAUCGGUGCUACCGCCAACAGCGGGGGGGGGGGGCGGGUUGGGGUGCGGGAGGCGGGGGGAGAGGUCGGCGUGGGCCUGGUGAAGCGAUCGAUGGAUAUCCGUGUGGGUAGGCUGGAGCUCUGGCCGGACCCGCCUGUUCUCGGCCGCAUCUCCCAUCUAAUCAGGGCCACCGUCGGCGCGAAGGAUCUGUCGCGAGGCCUCUCCCGGCGCGAGCGCGUGCGACAGUUCCGGCGGGAGCGGGGGCUGAACGAGCGACCCCCUGGCGGGGAGGGCGCCGUGUGGCCGCCCGUCGACGACCCCAUGGAGGAGCUCACCGAGCUGGUGUGGCCAUCGUCGGAGCUACCGGCGCUGGAGGUCAACAUGUCGGUGGACGAGGCGGCCUGCCUGCUCUCGUUCCACGGCCGGCCGCUCUCCGAGCUCCAGCUCCGGAGGGGGCUCACGAUCGGAGUCGAGACGUUCCGGCAGGGGUUGGGCCGUCGCGCGAUGGAGUGCCGCGGCCUGCUUCGCGGGCUUCUCCUGUGGGACAGGACCGGCUCGGCGUCCGGAGAGCUCGCGUGCAUAAUCAGCAGCCUCGAUGGGCCCCACCCCUCCGCCCUCAAGCCUGCUACGGCUGCCGCCGCCGCGACCGCGCCGCCGCCGGCCUCUGCUCCGGUGGAGGGUUCUGCUGCUGAUGCCGAGUUUCUGGAGGGGGGAGACAGGGCGGCGUUUUUGCUGCCGAGGGGGUCGGCGGAGGCGGGGAACCGGGGGGUUGAGCUGCAGUGGCUGUUCACUGGGAGGAUCAGCGAAGCCGAGGCGCGAGCAGACCGCGAGGCGAGGGGGAUCUCUUCGGCCGGCCCCGUUGUCGAAGGCGUCGCCGCAAGGGAGGGGACGCCCGGAAGGGAGCCCCGCCCCCCGAUCCUCAGGGCCAGAUUCUCCGCCGCGCGGGUGGUGUACCUGCAGAGGUUCACAAUGGAACAGAUCCCCCGGCUCUGCCUCUUCCGGCCACCCCUGCGCCGACGCCUACAACCCGCCGCCGGAAACCCCACCACCCCCUCCGAGGACACAAGAAGUGGCGACUCGCCGUCCGCGGCGGCGUUACCGCCGGGCACCGCCGCUCAGGCCUCAGGGAAGCGGAGGGGUCGCGCCCUGGGAGUGGGCCUUGGGGAGGGCGGGAUGGGUGGCGACGACGGGGACGGGGGGAGGGACGGGGAAGGGGCGGAGUGGGAAGAGGGCGAGCCCACGGACUUCGUGUACACGGGGCUCUUCCCCGGAGAGGCCAAGGGCUGGGGCGGACGGGAGGGGGAGGAGGAGGAGCCCGUGCUGCUGCUGUUCGAGGACGAGGCCGUGGAAGAUGGACAGGCCCUUGAACGCCUGGUCGCCCGCGAAUCGGAGCUCAUGUCCCAGGAGGACCAAGAGAGCGCGGCGGAACGUAAGACCAGGGCGGAGCUCGUCACCGCGGAGGCGGCCUUGAGCGUAGCCGAAAAGCACCAGCAGCAGCUGGAGGCAGCCGCCGCCGCCGCCGCCGCCACCGGUGGCGCCGACGGGGGGACGGGGGACGGGGGUCGCGUGUCCGCGGUGAUGGACGUCUUCAACCAGGUGAACCGAGUGGGGGACCUGAAGCUCUCUCUUGACGAGAGGGUGGAGACGCUGAAGCGCGUGAGGUCGCGGCUUGGGUCGGUCCGGCGGGAGGCCAACGCGGAGAGGACGGCGCAGUCGGAGAAGGCCCGCUUCGAGGCACACCGGCCCAGCAGGGUCCCACCCGCCCCUUCGCGCUUCGACAUGGUGGCCAGCGGCGUCACGAUUCGCUCUUACCGCUCGGCGAGCCUCGUCGCGGAGGACCUCUCCCUGCGUGCGUGGAUGGUGGUGGCAACGCCCCUGCGCCCCUGGUGCGGCGGGGGCGCCGCGAAAGAGUCCGGGAUGUUUCCGGGGGUGUGGGACUCGCUCGGUUUCCUGCCCAACAGGGACCCCAUGUUCGCCAAGGAAGCUCUGGACGUGACCGUCCUCAUCGACGAGCUCGACGCCAGCCUGACGCGGUCCCAGUACUCCACCAUCAUGAGCAUCGUCAUGGACAACUUCCCCGAACCUUGGUCCAUCUGCCCCCCGGUCAUCGAGUGGCCGAAGCGGGACCCGGAGGUGUCGCAAGGGGUGUGCAGGGACCCUCUCGAGGGGCGGAGGACGGCUCAGUCCGUGCCGGUGUAUGCACGUCGGUUACGGCUGACGGUUUCCGAGAACGAGGAGGCGUAUUUCUUCGCGCCCAACGAGGAACCGCUGGACCAUCACAGGAGGGACUGGGUGUCGAAGAGGCGGGCCGAGGAAGCGGCCUCCAGGAGAAAGCUCUCGGCGGUGCCGGCGGUGGCGAACGGCGACGGCGGAGAGCAAAACGCCUUCGACGACGCUCUUCCCGGAGACCACUACGACGACGACAACGCGUCCUACGAUCUGGGAGAUGAUGUCGUCGGGGACGAGGAGGCGGACGUCGAAGAAGGCUCGCACGCGAGCGGGGCAAGCGGCAGCGGCGGCGGCGGCGGCGGCGGUAUCGGUGGGCUGGAGCAGGAGAUCCAGGCCUUGGCCGGAAACCUGGACGGCUUUUCGGACGAGGGGCGGCUUGACCCCCCCCCCCUGCGGCCCCCUCCCCGCCCGAUCGCGGCGAUCGACUUCCGCGAGUUCUUCCUGGGCUUCGACAAGAAGUGGAUGGCCGGCGGGGUCGCCCUCGCCUGCGGCGCCGGGUCGAUCUCCAUCCGGGACCUCAGCGAGAGCGGCGGCGGUGGAGCGGCGGCUGCGGCGGCGGCGGCGGCGGCGGCGGGCGGAGGUUUGCCCGGGGAAGACGAAGACGAUAACGCCAAAGGCGGCGGUGGCGGCGGCGGCGGGUUCUCGUGGUCCGCGAAGGAGGAGGACGGGGUCGAGCUCGUCAGCCCCCUCGUCUGGAGGGGCGGAGGGGACGGCGGACGAGAAUCGAGACACCCCGGGUGGGGGUUCGGGUACAACGGCCCAGACCCCAGGGUCGGCUUCGAGCCGCAUGUCUGGUACGACAUGCGCAUGGCGACGGACUACAAGCGGUGCUCCGUCUUCCUGUCCGACGUCCGGGUGGUCGCCCUCGCCAGGGGGCUGUCGGGCCUGAAGAGCUUCUUCUUGGAACCGGUCCAGGAGUUCCGCGAGCGAGACCGGAUGCUCCGGCCCCACAGAUACGUGGAGGUUCGGCCUAACAACACCGAUGUGGAGGUGGUGCUGGCAAACGCGUACAUCUGCUUGCCGGAGUCGCAGUGGGACUGCUACGCCCAUGCCGGUGGCGGUAGAGGCGGAGGUGGAGGGGGUCCGGCCGUGGUGGCCCACGCGGACUUGACACUCACGCAGCAGUGGCGAGGCAUGCCGCAGACGGGACCGGGUUCUUCCCUCCUCUCGGCGACGGCGCUCGCGACCUCCGUGUUCCUCGCCCCGCUUUCGGACCCCUCCCCGCCCCCGGCGGGCGAGGCCCUGUCCCUCGUCACCCCGCUGCUGGCCUCCAUACGCCUGGAAACCGUCACCGCUGCCCCGUCCUGGCGGAUGGCGGGGCCGGCGGAGCGCUGGGCCGGCAUGCAGGGCGGGGAGCGCACCAAGGCCGGGCGCAAGCUGGCGGCAGCAGCGGCGGCCACCGCCGCCGCGGCCGAAUCGGCGCCGAUUCCGCCGCGCGGGGCGGAGCCGGAGGCGCCGGAUUCGUCCGAGAAGGCCGCGGUUGCGGCGGCGGACAUGCACGAGACGGAGGCAACGCAGCGUUCGUGCAGGCGUCGUCUUGAGAGUUUGGUUCUUAACCUGAGUCGGCGGGGGGGGGGGGGGGGGCCGACAGGGGUGUUUCCGGGAAAGGGGCCCCCCGGGGAACUUUUG